GAAGAAGCGGCCAAAAGAGGAAGAAGAAGAGGAGAGGAGGAUGCACUGUCCGUCAUCUCGGUGCCACACUUUACAUCUCCCACUCUUAAGGGCAAUGGAGGUCAAUUCCGAGGAGGAGUGCCUUGUGUGUGGGCGUGAACUGGGCGUGAGUCGGUGGGUGCGGGGUGCCAACCAGCUGAGGCACUCCGGGCGGGCCGUGGCGGAGGCUGUGGGGGAGCUGCUGGGGUGUGAGGCUGCGGCGGGGGUGUCCAGGCUGUGCUUCAGAUGCUACCGGUUGCUGCUGGGCCUCGACUACCACACGCACCAGAUGGACAGGCAGAGGGCGGCACUCCUUAGGCUCUACCGGGGGAGGGAGGUCAAGGAAACGCAGACUACAACAGGGAAUUCGUAUGGCACUGGAGAAAAUUUGACCGGCAUUAGAGAAAAUUUGACCGGCAUUAGAGAAAAUUUGACCGGCAUUAGAGAAAAUUUGACUGGCGUUAGAGGAAAUUCGUCUGGCUCUGGAGAACAUUUGACCGGCAUUAGAGAAAAUUUGACUGGCGUUAGAGAGAAUUUGUCUGGUACUGGAGAAAAUUUGACCGGCAUUAGAGAAAAUUUGUCUGGCACUGGAGAAAAUUUGACCGGCAUUAGAGAAAAUUUGUCUGGCACUGGAGAAAAUUUGUCUGGCACUGGAGAAAAUUUGACCGGCAUUAGAGAAAAUUUGUCUGGCACUGGAGAAAAUUUGUCUGGCAUUAGAGAAAAUUCAUCUGGCACUGGAGAAAAUUUGACCGGCAUUAGAGAAAAUUUGUCCGGCAUUAGAGGAAAUUUGUCUGGCACUGGAGAAAAUUUGUCUGGCACUGGAGAAAAUUUGUCUGGCACUGUCGGUCAAGAGAGGGAGAACACGGAGACACAGGCCAGAGGAGAAAAUUCGUCUGGCACUUGCACUGUCAACCCCUGUGGUACUGUCAUCCCUUGUGGCACUGUCAACCCCUGUGGCACUGUCAACCCCUGUGACACUGUUGGUUGCGAGAGGAAGAACAUGGAGGUGCAGAUUAGAGGAGAAAAUUCGCCUGGCACUGGCACUGUUUAUCCCUGUGGCAAACUCCCAAGGGAAGCUUUCCACGCCCUUCACACACACGAGGAAGCCCCUGGGGAUCACUUGAAGGCUAGACAGCAGACAGACAAUACCUCCGGGGGUGGCGGGGUGUGUGUCCUCCCUGGUGGCUCCCCCCAGAAGGAAAGUUUGGCUGCUGUGAGUGCCAGCAAGGCGGUAUUUGAAGGUGACAUGGACGAAGACAAGGCUGAGAUGAUAGACAUUGACCCUGAUGGUGGUGGUGGUGGUGGUAGUGGUGGUGGUGUUGGCCUGUGUGGCACCCCCCAAACAGACAGUGUGGCAGCUAUGAGGGCCAAAGAGGACUGCCACGCUGCUGUUGCUGUUGGACCUCAGGGACAGGAGUUGGACAUCGCUCCGGAUGCAGAUUACAGCAAGUGUUCCUAUGACCACGAGUACCACAAGAACACUGCUGUGGUCCCUGUGGAAGGCUGUGACCUGCCCACCAUCAUGGCUGGAGGUCACCAAGAACAACACAGGAGCCUGGCAGCCAAGAGGAGGAAAACAGCCAAGAAGUGGGACGACUUUGAGUAUUACGAGGACGAGAGCAAGACCAGUGAGGUGGAGGGCUGUGACGGGGCAGCCCACCACACGCCCACCCAGCACUUCCAUCUCCCACUUAGAACAGGGAAAAAAAAAUGUCCGGAGUGCAAGGAGGUGUUUUCCACGAAGAAGGCCGUCCUGAGCCACCGCUGCCACCAGACCAAGAGGAAGGAGCGUGAGAAAGUGACCUACACUUGCAAGGGCUGCCUGCGUAGGUUUCUGCUGCGGAGGGAGUACCUGAAGCAUGCUGACGCCUGCUACAAGAACACUCCUGUCACCUGCAACCUGUGCCUGGUAAAGUUACCCAGCGCUGCUUACCUGCCUCGCCACCUGGCUGCCCUGCACCAAGUGAAGCCUCCUCUCAGCAAGGGCAGCAUCUUGUGUGAAGCGUGUGGCCGAGGGUUCAGCAGGAAGGAGGCGCUUGAGCGGCACGAGGCGAGAGUCCACGGGAAGGCCCACGGCAGCCACCAGUGUCCCCUGUGUGGCCGCACCUUUCCCCACACCUCCCUGCUGGCCGAGCACCUCAGGGCACACCAGGGAUACACUUGUCCGGAAUGUUCCAAGGUGUUCAGCUGCAGAUCCAACCUCACGCUGCACCGGCGGGCCCACCACAUGCGCAAGGCGGCCUACCACUGCACCGCCUGCAAUAAACACUGGAAGUUUCACGCCAGCUACACCUACCACAUGAAGAAGUUCCACGGGAGCAGCGAGCAGCGGUGUGGCGGGUGCCGGCUGGUGGUGUGCUCUGCGGAGGAGCUGCGUCAGCACUCCCUGACCUGCCGCGUCCACCACACUCAGAGUUCUUACUUUUGCAGCACAGGGCAGGAGGUGGCUUUGGAAGACAUGCAAGGGGGUGGCAGGGAGGUCAUGAAGCCACUUCCUAACAUUGCACCAGGUUGUGGCUCCCUGCUCAGCCCUGCCCACCUCAGCAAGAAAGGAACUGAUAGCCUUGUCCUGCUGUCAGAGAUGAGGAAAAUGCAAGUGUACCCACCUCCAAACACCUCCCACCAAGCACCUCCUGCGGGGGAGAUCAUUGUGGAGGUGCUGGAGGACACGGAUGCAGACUACCAGUACAUCAUCUUGGUGGAGGACACUGCCAUGGCCCACUUCACCAUGACGGACACUGCUGCCAUAUGGAACACCUCAGGCCGCCAGUAGGCAGACAGUGACAUGGAACGGGUAUAAGAUGGCGAAAGGCAGUAAUGUAUGGGAGAUGAUGAUCCAGGCCGAGAUGCCGCAGAAGUUGAGUUGCGUCGGGUGGGCGGGCAUCAACGGUGGACGUCUGGAAGGAGCUGAUAGUCCACACGGCAAGACUUCACACCAGGAGGAAGGCCAUCCAGGAUGAAGGUGGUCUGCAAGGUGGUCUGACGGCAGCGGGAGCACCAUCAACUAUCAACCCUGAGGAGAGAUGCUUCAUUAGCUGGCAGGGCUUGCGGCACGGACAGUGGACAGCCAGUGUGCAUGGCAAUCAAUUUUGAAGUGUUUCAUACAACUUGUAGCUGUGUCACUGAUGAGCCCAACACCCUGAAAACGUUUUUUGCUAUAAAAGAUGUAAAUGGUACUGUCUCAAAAAAUAUGGAGGAUGCAGUUAUUUGGGUUGGAGAAAAAACUACAUGGAGUCAUACAGUUAUCAUGGAGAGGAAGAGGUCUUUAGUGAAGAGAAUGAAGUGCUAAGCUUAGAAGCACAUGAACUACAGAAACAUGAGCAAGGAAUGAGUGGGGAAAAAGCAGGAAGAGAAGAUAGCCUCAUUAAAGAUGCUGGCAAUUUCAUACUUAAUAAACUCAGAAGUGCUGCAUUGUAAGUAACACAUCAAACUUAUCAACAUCAAUACACUCCCCAUAUGGUGCUGUAAAAUUAAAUAAACCAUAUCCAAAGACAGUAUUUGAUCAUCUUAAGGAACCCUCCUGGCAGAAGCUGUAGAGGAACUGUGAAUGAGGAGAGCUGAGACAUGGGGAGCAGUGAGUAUGUGGCUGCUUGUGUACUUGGCUGACAACCCUCAUCCAUGCUGGCUCCAGUUUCCUAUUAUAUGUGAGGGUUAGAGUAGCUUCCUUUGUGCUAGGGGGGGGUUGGACAGUGUUAUGAGGAAGGAAUUAUAACUUUUUAUAAUGUGUUGUGUAAGGAUGGGAUGGAGAAAGGAAAGAAGCUUGUAUCAGAGGUUUGGUGUGGGUGUAACAGUGAUGGAUGUAUAUUGUGGAGUGGUUGAAUGGGUGAAGUGUGGUGCUUUGAGAUGGUUUAACCCCUGGACUGUGGAUUUCCUACAAGAAGACAUCACCAAUCUACAGGAAUGGAACAAAAAGUGGCUGCUACAAUUCAAUGAAGAAUAUGUAAAGUCCUGCACCUUGGGAGGGGAUAUCCAGCAUACCAAUACCACAUGGAAAACACGCCACUAUCCAUCACAAGGCAGAGAAAGGCCUGGGAGUAUGUGUUACCAGGCUACCAGUGAAGGCAAAAUAUGUGCCAAUUGGGUUAAACAUGUGAUAGGCACGAGGGAGGGGUGUUAGAGGCGGACCACCCGAGAAAUGGAUCAAUAGAGUGGACAAGGAUGAGAGAGUUUGUAGAUGAGGGACUGAGUGUGCUGAGAGAUACAACAGGGAAAGCUGGAGAUGAUACUGUUGUGGCCACCCCCUUGAGGGAAGCUCUCAUAGGGGAACAAACAGUGUGUCAGAUACAUAAAAAAACUAUCAAAUUUAAUAACAUAAGAACGUAAGGAGUCUGCAAGAGGCCACCACCACCACUGACCCUUGUGCCGAAGCCUUGUGAAUUGGGUUGAAUUUACAUAAGCUUAAUAGCCUACAUGUACAGUAUGUCUAAACACUAAGCAAUGAUUAGAUUCAAGCUUUCGUGCAGUUUUGUGAUAUUAGUGAAUCCUUUUAUGGUUGAAAUAACACUAAAAUAAACUUCCAUUAGUGAGCAAGUUUUAAAGUUAUGAUAAAAAUGUCUCCAACAAAGGAAGAGAUUGCCUGGUAUAGUUACUAAAAGGACUAUAGUAUUCUUUUUACAGCAAAGGAGGCACCUGAAGGCAAACUAUAUGAUGAAAAGCAUGCAACUCACUGUUCCGAUAAAGUUAGCAAAGGGACGAGCUUGGGUGGAAUAUCUUGUGCUGUGAGGGAAAAAAGUCUUGCAGUAAUUAAGUCUUUUUCAAUGGCGCUACACCAUUUAUCUUUCCUCACUAUAAUACAGAAGGGCUGUCGAAUGGAAUAAGCUGCCCACCUCAAUUACAAAAUACUGCUGCUAUAUAUAGGGAUAUUUUUAAGAAGUCAAUAAACUCACAGCCCAUGUACAAUUCUAGUUCACAAUGAAUUUAUGUAUGUAUGUAUUUAUUUUGCAAGUAAUUAUUCUUAAACAUUG